AGGCUAGGCCUAACUACCAAAAAGGAGGCCUAUUUAACACUAACGGGUUUCUUAUUCAUUCUCAAGACGAAGUGUUUCAAUAACUAUUCAUAUAACUGACACUUAAUAACAAUUUGAAGAAAAAAAAAGUUUCUAUCAAAACAAUCGUUAUGUAUUUCGUUUUCAACAAGUUACUAGUUAUGCCACCUAGAUCUAUUCAAAGAAAUUGCAGCUUCAAGAGUUAUGUCCCCUAGUGUCAAGCGAUUCGUGGAAACAAAUGAUCUGGGUCAGUUAUCCGGCUUCCAAGUUGUUGCGAUUUUUCACAAUGAAACAAGAACUGCAUGCAAGAAUUGCAUUGAUGGCGUGAUAGAAGGAGUCCGCCUGAAGCAAAACUCAUGGUCUUCUCCGCGCAGUCAUGACAUCAUUCUCCACUGCGUCACGAGUCCAGGUGUCGUUAAUCAGCACGCACAGCGCCCCGGAAACUCUCAGUCUGAAGUCGAGCUCGGUGACGCCGCCCCACCUGAGCAGCAUGAAGAACCUGGUGCGGGACGGGUGUCUGGCGUCGUCACACAUCAUGCCUCACAUCCGCAGCAUGAAGGACCUGGUGCAUGACGAGAAGAUGGUGGUUGCCACGCUGGCCACACUGGAGGCAGGCGGGCCAAGUCAUCUCAUCAAGGAGGAGCUCAAGCUGGUCAUCCAGUCACGGAGGGAGGCCGAGGGCAAGGAGGCCUUGAAGAUAGAGUUCAGUCCUCCGGAGAAAAACGAGUUGACGCCUAUAGAUGUUGAAAGAAGGGAACGGAGAAGAGAAAGAAAUCGAUUGGCAGCACAGAGAUCCCGAGAACGAGGGAAGAGAAAAAUGGAUGAAUUGAUGCAGGAGAUCGAUGCACUUCAGUGUCGGAACAACGAGUUGGAGCAGGCGUACACGAGUCUGAGUGACGAGCGCGACCAGCUGAAGAAAGCUCUGCUAGACCACCUCUCCGAGUGCUCCAGCUACGACCAACCCCUCAAUCUGUCCCUGAAAAACACGUGACUGCCUCCACAUCAACCAUAAAGCAGCUGUGAUAUGCUCAUUUGUCAAGUAUAUAGUUGUUGUAUACACGGGACACUGGUUAUUGCAGUGUGACAUAUAUUGGUAUAUUACCUGUGUGAUACAUACGCUUCCAUAUGUCAGGAGUUACAUAAUUCAUUUGUACAUUGGACACGGGUUACUGCACAGUGUGACAUAAUGGAUAUAUUACCUGUGUGAUAUACUUCCAUAUGUCAGGAGGUACAUAGUUCAUAUAUACAUGGAACACUGGUUAUUGCACAGUGUGAAGUAUAGUGGAUAUAUUAUCUGCAUGAAACUUCUCCGUGUGGCAGGAGUUGUAGGUGUAGAAGCCACAAGGAUGAGAAGAAAGAUCACCCUGGUGUCUUUCUCAGUGUAUUUGUGGACUACAUAUCCGUUAAAAUCUUUCUGAAGACAUCUUCGUAUGCACUGAUGAAGAAUGUUACAAACUAUGAAGAAUGUUACAAACUACUACUACAAGUUAUACAAUGCACAAACUUAGAGGUGUUGUCAUUGGUUUCAACAGUAUUUCUAUGAAAUAUUUUGAAGGCUGGGAUUUGUUGACACACUUAUUUUAAGACAUUUUACUAUGUUUUUACGACAUUACAUUUUUCAUGGAACUGCAGACAUGACUAGAUAUUAGAAUUUACGAGUCAUCAUUGAAUUGGUAUUAUCCAGAUGACAAUAUCAAUUAGAGAAGAAACCUGCUUAGUGCUUCUUGGUGAUGUGUGAUAUUGGUGAUGUGUGAUAGUGUUAAAGCUAGCAGUAAAUAGAAGGGUGCUGAUCCCAUCUGCGAUAUGUUGUACUCUGAGUCUCCCCCAUUUUUUACACUUUGUCGUUGUGAGCCCUAGACUUGCUGGGUAAUGUGUUCCUAGACAGUAAACUGCUCUGGGCAGUUCUAAUGCUAAUGCAUUUUUUUCUCUUUUUUUUUUAUCCCACUUCCCCCUUUCCUUUCUCUCCUUUGAAUUCCAUCUCAUUUUUUUUUUGAUCUGGCAACUCCUAUC